AUGGACGAAGAACAUCGCUAUGAUUCCCCAGAUUGGCCUCUUCCUGCUCAACGAAGGGACAGCAUCGCUUCGUCCAUCGAAUCUCAGUCGACCAGCAUUCUCUCCUUGACACGAUACCUGCCGACACCCAGUCCCGCCACAUCGCCGCUCCCCGGGGGUCCUCGAAUAUCGGUGCAGUCUGCCUCAGAUGAAGUGAUACGUUUAGAGCUCAACCCCGGCGUCACGGUGUAUGUUGGACCCGGUCAUGCUGUGAGUGUGGAUCAGGAUCUGACUGGUUGCGUUCGUGAACAGGUCGUUUUUGCGCGGAGGCCGAUUGUUCAAGCUACGACAAUGUGGGAGUGGAAGUCUGGUCUGGCUCACAUUCGGAUGCCUGCAGUCCAAAAUACGAAAUUGCCCAUGCCACACCUGGAACAGCCCAAGCUGGCCGAGGAAAAGACGUAUCGAGUCUCGUUCCUCGAGGAGCAGACGGUCCAGAGCAACGCGACGAUCUUCACGACACAGCUGUCUUACACGUUCGACACCUGGGACGACUGUGUCCGGUUCCAGGAGAUUUUACUCGCGUCCGAGCUGGUCUUCAUCGCGGGUAUUGCGGAAGCCAAAUCCAAGGGCCGCGGGGAAGAAUGUAUCAGUCAGAAUCUACGCAUCCUGCGCGGCGCCAAUGACCGACAGGUGAUUCUGUUCUUUGCCAAUUCGCAACGCAAAGAUCGGAAGCGCUACGUUUCCAUACCAGGUGCGUCCAGGGCGUGAUGAAUCUGGGCCCGGGUUCUGCAGCCAGACUGACAGACGGUGGCCAGUGAACUGUAUCGAGUCGGUUGACCCGGGCAAGAAGCCGGGACGACCAGUGGCGUUGCAUCUCCAUCCAAACUUCGAUAUCCUGUCGGAGAUGAAAGUGCUGCAUAUUCGAUUUCUCGACGAUCAAGGCAAGUUUUUUUGCGUCGUUAUUAUCAUCACGGUCGCUGCUGAGACGGUACUAAUGAAUGGCCCUGUAGACCGGCAGGAGUUCUGCCAACUACUGUCUGAACGACCUCGAUAGCGGCGUGUAAUUCUGAUUGCUACCGUAAAAGGCAAUUCUCCGGCGUUCUGGGCGUUUUAUCCUCGUGCUAGGGUUCAAGCAUGCGUCACGAAUG